AUGACAACUCUAUGGUCUUUCGGUAUCAACACAAUGCUCCGAGUCUUUCUGCUCGCCAUUCCACAGCCUAGCUGGUCGUAUAGUUUAUCUCCAGAAAGAGGGGUCACACAAGCUCUACGACUGACUACGCAAGUAUCAGAAUCAGCUCCAGACACCAUUGUGGCCAACCUCACCAAACUCUUGUCCAGUUCCGGUAUUCCGAAUGAUUUCCUACAUCAAAAAAACAGGUCGCUUCUUCCAGUCACUUUUGAGUUGUUGGAUAUAAGUGCCAAUCUACUGUCCAUGUUGCUUCCACAUCAGCGUGUGAACUUCGCUUCUGUUGUACACAUCGAAUCACACUUUGGCCUUUUAAGGUUCACUGUAUCACUAGACCGAGAACGAUUAUGUCCUGACUUGCAGGGGACUAACACACCAUGUGCCGUUAAUCUGCUUGUGGUCGCCCAUGUUGUACGACCACCAGACGAAGUUUUUACUGCAAGUAGCGGGGACCAACCGGUCAGUCAGAAGACACACACGGAAGCAAUCUAUAUUGAUCUGACCAUCAUAGUCGCCGACUUGAAUGACAAUGCGCCGUAUUUUCCAAAACUAGGUGGUUCAGACCUAGGUAUUCGAAACCUAUAUGUAACAGAAGAGUGCCCACUUGGAACUUUGAUUUCUCUACCAAUGGCAUUAGAUUCAGACAGUUUAGACAAUGGCAUACGACGCUAUGACUUUCAUUCGGCGUCAACGUCGGUAGAGAUCAGACAACAUUUCCAAAUCCGACUUUUCCGCGGAAUUGGAAUCCAGUGCGAACACAUGCAGCUUGAUCCAGAGAACAGAAUGCUCGAUACAAAUCUUGAAGGGUUAGAUGCACCUUCCAAUCCAGGUGUGAUACCCUGCCUCCAAGUAAUUCGUCGUAUAGAUCGAGAACAGGUGAACCAAUUCAACUUCCGCUUGGUUGCGUUCGAUGCAGCGAAUCAACAGGGUGAUGUAAACGUUCGUCUCAUUGUACGAGAUAUCAAUGACAACUACCCAACAUGGUCCCGGGUACUCACCGUCUAUACGCAUGACGGUCGUACCCGUUUGGUUGAAGGUUUACAACCGUCUGGUUGGAUGCAGUCUUCGUUUAAUGGAACGACUGAUAAUAUCCGCUACUGGAUGACUACUCAGGAAUGUACAUCACAAAGGAAGCUUGUCCAACUCAAAGCGGAUGACCAAGAUGAUCCUGAGACAGAUAAUGGGCGUGUAAACUUCCAAAUAAGUGAACAGUCCCCCGAUCUUGAGAGGAUUCGACGACGUAUUUUUAUUUCAGGAGACCACAUUUAUCUCACUGAUUCUGGAUUGAGAGGUCUGAGCCUCAUGAACAUUUCCUUACUGGUGACUGCAAAAGACGGAGCAGGAAAAUUCAGCGACGCCUGGCUGGAUCUGCAUAUUGAAGAUUGUAACGACCACCCACCAAUGAUUUUGAUGCGCGGAAACGAGUUUAGUUUAGUCGAAAACUCCCGUGGUCAGGCAGAUUUAAUCAGUCUGAUUACUGUUCGCGACCUUGACGUGGAGAAUUCGGCAAACUCCGUCUUCCGAUGUUUUCUGAACGACACAAGAUAUUUUUCUCUGAAAGAGGCCGUUCACGGUCCAGCAGCAAACGUACUUGUUGGUGGCGCAGACCAAAAAUUGCUUACAGACGUAGAAUCACCUCACGAGUUUGUCUCAAAUCCGCCAUCAACGUCAUCUUUCGACCCAGGUAGACGCGGACGAUGGUCAGUAUUUCGACUGGAGACUCAACCUACAGUGCAUUUUGAUCGUGAAUCGACAGCCAGGUACAUUGUAAUGCUUCAGUGUGUCGACAAUGGAACACCAGCACUUACCUCCAGCAGAGUCAUUGUAAUCAAUAUUCAAGAUGUGAAUGAUAAUCAUCCAAGGUUUUAUCGAAAAGAAGACCGGCAAACCUUAAUGAAACAAAACCAAAUGGGUUGGAAUACAAAGCGUUCUGACAACUUGCAGUCAACAUGGAAUCUAAGUGAACAGAAAACUUUCGAAUUCCGGAUAGCAGAGAACGCUGACAGAGGUUCACUUGUUGGCCGUUUGUACGCAGCUGAUCCAGACAGUGGGGAGAAUGCUCGAAUCACAUUCGAAAUGGUUAGUUCCACGACACGUGUAGAGGCUAACCAGGGUAAUUCCAAAUUGGAGCCUGAUCAAAAUGAACGGUUUACAGUUUCCACAAGUGGCGAAAUACAUCUGAUCAAAGACCUUGACCGUGAACAGCAAGAUAAGUACUUGCUUCAUGUCCGAGCACGAGAUAAUGGCUCUCCUGAAAGCUUGAGCAGUACAGCUACAGUUGUGAUUCAUGUAGAGGAUGUGAACGACUGUCAUCCAGAAUUCCACGGCGAGUACAAUUUCAAUGUAAGUCACCCAUUCUGA